CUUCCGGCGCCGCACUGCAGGCGCGGGGAACACCCAUGGCGGGGUACUUGAAGCUGGUGUGUGCUUCCUUUCAGCGUCAAUGGUUCCACACUGUUGGGAGUCGCUGCAAGAAUCGGACAGGCGCUGAGCACCUGUGGCUGACCCGGCAUCUCAGGGACCCAUUCGUGAAGGCUGCAAAGGUGGAGAGUUACCGGUGUCGAAGCGCCUUCAAGCUCCUGGAGGUGAACGAGAGGCACCAGAUUCUUCGGCCUGGCCUUCGGGUGUUAGACUGCGGGGCAGCUCCUGGGGCCUGGAGUCAGGUGGCGGUGCAGAAGGUCAACGCCGCAGGCACAGAUCCCAGCUCUCCUGUUGGCUUCGUGCUUGGGGUAGAUCUUCUUCACAUAUUCCCCCUGGAAGGAGCAACUUUUCUGUGCCCUGCUGAUGUAACUGACCCGAGAACCUCACAGAGAAUCCUCGAGGUGCUUCCUGGUGGGAGAGCAGAUGUGAUUCUGAGCGACAUGGCACCCAAUGCCACGGGGUUCCGGGACCUCGAUCAUGACAGGCUCAUCAGCCUGUGCCUGACCCUUCUCAGCGUGACCCCAGACAUCCUGCAACCUGGGGGGACAUUCCUUUGUAAAACCUGGGCUGGAAGUCUGAGCCGUCGGUUACAGAGGAGACUGACAGAGGAAUUCCAGAAUGUAAGGAUCAUGAAACCUGAAGCCAGCAGGAAAGAGUCAUCAGAAGUGUACUUCCUGGCCACACAGUACCACGGAAGGAAGGGUGCUGUGAAGCAGGGAACUUCCUGGCCACACAGUACCACGGAAAGAAGGGUGCUGUGAAGCAGGGAACUUCCUGGCCACACAGUACCACGGAAGGAAGGGUGCUGUGAAGCAGGGAGGAUUUCUUGUGCCAUUUUCGUAAUGGUCAUUAGCUCCUUUUAAGCUAGAAAUGUAGCCUGAGCUCCUUCCUGAAGAGUUCCUGGGAGAUUUGAGCUGAUUUUGGAGAUGGAGCAGGACAAGUGGGGAGUCUCUCUCUCUCUCUCUCUCUUUAACCAAAAAGAGAUGACAAAACUAAGUUCAGGGGCCAUGGAAAAUGAAAAAGUCCGCUAUAUUGUGAUUUGUGAAGAGAAAGUUAUCAAGAGAAAGGUGAGGAUGGAAGGAUGGAGAAAAACAGACUGUGGGAAGGAUCAGAAGGAAUCCGCCGAGGCAGCGAUGGGUGUGCCCAUGUGUGCCUUGACGGGACUUCAUCUUAUAGACUGUUAAACUGUCACACAGAAACAGGCUUUCCACCCCUGCUCUGAGAGCGCCAUGCACAGGUUUCCAGUUCUUAGUGUGGCUGUUUAAAGUAGAAAAUCUGGGGGCUGGGUGAGGCCACUCAUGCCUGUAAUCCCAGGGCUUUAGAAGGCUGAGGCCGGGGGAUUUUUUGAAGUCAGGAGUUCAAGACCAACCUGGGCAACAUAGCAACACCCCCCAUCUCUACAAAAAUGAAAAACCAAAAAGCAAACCAAAAGAAAAAUCUGAAAUUUCCAUCUGGGGAUUAACUUCUGUCUUUCUGGUGAAUAAUACAGCAAUUCACGCAUUCUUCAAGCAGCAAAAGUUCCCGGAGCAAUUAGGGAAGACGUAUGGUCUGAAUUUAUGCAUGCGGUGGGUGUGCUUUGGUUUUUGCUGGAAAUUUGUAUCAGUGUCUGGGCUCCCAAGAACAUAAAGGUAAUUGCCAAAGCAAGCAGUGAUGUGGUGUGUGUAUUUUCUUUUACUUUUCUAGGAACUUGACGCAGCUGUAUAUUUAAUAAAAUAAUAGAGAUUGCAUUAUUUUAAGG